AUGGAGGACGCCCCGAGUACCGGCCCUGCCGAGGCCGUGCCGCCUGAGGAGACUGUGACGAAGAAGAAACUGACGUUGCAAGAGCGAUUGGCGUUGGCGGCGUCGAAAAACGGCCGCAAAGACGAGCCCAAAGAGCCCAAGGAGAACAAGGACCCUAAGGAGAACAAGGACACUGGAUCGGACUCCAAGAUCGCCAAGGACGAGUGGUCGUUGCCGGCGGACUGGAAGACUCUGUCGCAGGAAGAGCUUGUCAAGCUCCUGGACAGGGCUGCGGAAUCGUUCAAUGAUCUGAAAAGGACAAAUCAGCAAUUGGUACGUAAAGUUGACGAUUUGCGUCGCGAGCGGCCCCCCAAGCGCUCGAUCACCCCUGUUGGCGGCGACGACCUUCUGAAGCGCAAGCUCGAGGAGAAGGAGCUCCAAAUCAAGGAAUUGUUGGAGGAAGGGUCCAAGCUGUCGAUGAAGGAGGUGAAUCUGACCCAGACGAUCAAGAAGAUGAAACAGAAGGAAUUGGACCUGGAGGAGGACCUGGCCCGGGCAGAGAAGGAGACUGGCCAGUUGCAGACGCGAAUAGCAGAUUUGGAGUCCGAGAUCGGCCAGUUCAAGCAGAACGAGCGCAGUGUCAAGGAGGACAAGCUCGGCUUUGAGACGUUACAGAACAAGUACGAGAAACUGGUGAAGGAGAACGAGGCGGUGACGAACGAGUUGAAGGAGAUCAAACUAAGGAAGCUCGACGUUCAGCUCCUAAGUACACAGAAACAGCUGGAAGCGGAAACCAAAAAGUCCACCAAGUUGCAAGAAAGACUCGACAAAAUCACAGAGGAGUACAACCUGUACAAAGAGGAGGCGCGUAGCCAGGUUGCGCAGCUCAGCUACAAAGUGGAGCGGGAGCGUACCAGGUACAACGAGCUGACCAAGGAGAACGCGGCCGAGAUUAAGCGGCUAGAAAACAAAAUGGAGGCGUUCAGGCUUAUGAGCGAGUCCGUGGAAAGCAAGUCGGACCUCAACAGCACGUCUGGUGGGUCGACUGUUUCUGUUGACCUGAUCCAGUCUCAGUACACACAUGCACAGGAGAAUUGGAAGCUCAUUGAGAGCAGCUACUUGAAGAAGAUUGCCGGUUUGGAGAACGACGUGGAGCUGUUGAAGCAGAAAGAUAUUUCCAACGCAAAGAAGAUCAAGACAAUGCAAAAUGACCUGAAAAACAGGGUUGCCGAGGUUGGCGAGAUGCUCGAGACCGAGAACGCGCUGCGUGCGGAGAUCGAAGCCAUCAAGAGCAAGCUGGAGACCGCAUACGGAGACCUGGACACGGCCCGUCAAAACUACGAAGCCCUGAAAAAAGACCACGAGUUGGAGAAAAGCAACCUGGAAAAGAAGGUGCAUUCUCUCGAAGAGGACAAGACCCGACUGGCCAACAUCAACAAGCUGCGGGUGGACCCUCAGGCGCCGAUCCAACCGCCUACCGCCUCUCAAAGCAACUUCUACCUGAACGACCUGAACUCGUCCUCGAGUCUGAACCAUUACCGCACCCAACGGUCUGUUUCUGUGGCUUCUAUUGACAACAUUGCAUUGGGCGAGUCGUCGUCCACGCCCAGACCGGCUCCGUUCCCGUACGGGGCUUCGCGUGUGCCGUCACAAGGGUCGUUGUUCUUCAGUCCGGGCCAGUCUCACUCCCAGAGCAACCUGAUGCUGGACACAAUCGACGACUCGCUGGCGACCGAGGACGACGAGUUCCCUGCUCCUUCACCUAUCUCUGCGUCACGGACACGGAGCAGCACCGCCGUCAACCACAUGAACUCGAUGGACGACCUGGAAACGCCGCACUCGUCCACGAUCGGCGGCGGAGGCAGCUCUGCCGCAAACGGCGGCUCCAACAUCCAGCUCAUGGGCAAGCUGUCGUCGCGUAUCCGUCGUCUGGAGCUCGAGAUUCUGGGUCUAAAGGACGAGCUGGCCGAAACCAACACACAGAAACAGGAAGCCGCCGAGGAGAUUGUUCGGUUGUUGCGCGAUAACGAACAAACCACCGAGUACAAGCAGAAACUGGCCAAGUUGGAACAGGAACACCAGUUGCAGUCGUCCAACUACGAGGCAACUCUGCAGUUGCUGGGCCAGAAGUCCGAAAGAUGUAACGAGCUCCAGGCCGACGUGGAGGACCUGAAGGAGAUGAUGAGAGCCCAGGUCCAGCAGAUGGUGGAACUCCAGGAAAAACUGGCUGCUACCUAA